AGAACGAAUCGUAUCCUAGCAACUUAGCAUUGUAUGUAUAUCAAGCGGCUGAAAUUCGUUCAAAUAAACGAUUUUUAAGCUAGUAAACAAAAAGGAUGUCACGUAGUUUUAGUGCCAACCAGGUAAAUUAAUAGAGAAAUUCAUGUUUACUUAAAAUACUUUCAGCAGUUCAUUCUUUCCUCGAAUUUUCAUUGGUAAAGAAUGCCCAUUUAUACUGCAUAUAAUAAUUUAGCCGCUCGACAAACAAAUAGGGAUGUCUAUUUUGAUGUGAGUACUUCUAAUUACUUCUUUUCUUAUUGUUUUUCAGUAUCAAAGCGCUUUUGAGCCGAAAAAAUUAAGGAAUUGGGAAAUACCAUCUGAAUUCCAACAGGUUUAAUCCUCUAUAUUCAAACCCAUAGAUAACAGACAAAACUUUUCAAAAAUUGUUUAUUUUGCGCCUAGAGUAAUAAUUGUCCCUUUUACUUGCCUAAAGUUCUAAUCCCUAUUUUAUGACAGAUUAAUUAAUACACUGGUGCCAGAAAACUAUAGGUGGCGUUAUUUAAAUUAUCUGAAUGUUAUCAUGGGAAAAUUGUACAUUUAUUUGGCUUUAUAAUUAAUUAAUCAAUUCUAUUAAAUAAAUAAACAGAGACCGAGAUGUUUGGAUGGUUCAACUAGGAUCAUAGCGGACGAUCGUGGUCGUAUAAGGGAUGGCGGAAAAAAGUCAAAUGAAAAUCCGUGGGGUAAUUUUGUGGGUAAUUGGGAUAUGCCUUCAAAACUUCCAGGCCCUAAAAAUUGGAUUAGACAAGCGGAAUACGCCGGGCCAAGUGGUAAAAUUGGAACAGCAAGAUCACGUCAUGCAUUAGACAUUUUGGAUAAAAGUGCGGAAUACACCGAAUACCACAUUAAAGGAGUGGCUAAAAAUGAAAGUCGACUUUCUUAUAAGAAUCAUCGCACCAGUGGAAGAAAACAAUUGACUGAUAGAGAAACUGAACUUAAACAGAAAAUGCACGAAGUAGCUACUAACACUUCGCCAGUACCAUCUAAAGUUGUAACCCCCACGAAACAAGUUUCCCCAGUUGAGCUAACUGCAGCUUCUCCUGCUCAAAGCUUAACAAAGGCAAUCUCUCCUGCUGGUUCAAAGAAGAGUGUAGCUUCACCGUUGGGCUCGGCCAGAGUCGCUGUUACCCCCUCCGGCAGGCCAAUUGCUCCCACUCCGAAUAAAGAACCAAGAGUAAAGAUCAAUGAAGAUGCUAAAAUGGAAGAAGAGAAAAUUCCUUCUCCACCACUCUCACCAGCCACUCGGGCUUCUGUCUGUCGUAAUCUUUAAGAAUAAUCUGUUAUAUCAUAUCAAUUCGCAUUUUCUCUUAGAAAUACACUAUAAUAAUACCCUUUUAACAAUAAAUAUAAAGCAAA